GUACCAACCCAGAAGAAUCAGCUUAUACAGGAAUGGCCUACGCAAUUUCUUGCAUCUCCGCCACACCCGCCGCCGCUUCUUCCUCCACCAAAUCCUCCCGGGAAUCAUCUUCCUGUCGUGCGACAACUCAAAAGCAACUUUUCUUUCCCGUCGACCCUCUUCACCCCAGGAAAUUGAGGAAGUUGGUUAGUAAGAGGACGAAUCAACGGAAUUCUUCGGCAAGAGCUGUUUACUUGGGAGAGUUUUGGACACCGGAGAGUAGUUCGCGGCAGGGAAUUUGGUCAAUUAGGGAUGACCUCCAAAUCCCCUCUUCGUCUUACUUUCCCGUCUAUGCACAAGGAGAAGGGCCGCCUCCGAUGGUCCUUGAGCGCUUCCCUAGUGUCAUAAGUCAACUUUUUCAACAUAGAAUAAUACGCUGUGGUGGAGCUGUUGAGGAUGAUAUGGCUAAUGUUAUUGUAGCUCAGCUUCUCUAUCUUGAUGCUGUUGAUCCUCACAAGGAUAUUGUCAUGUAUAUCAAUUCCCCAGGAGGAUCAGUUACUGCUGGCAUGGCCAUAUUCGACACAAUGAGGCAUAUUCGUCCUGAUGUUUCCACUGUCUGUGUUGGACUGGCGGCUAGUAUGGGAGCUUUCCUGCUGAGCUGUGGGACAAAAGGAAAAAGAUACAGCUUGCCGAAUUCGAGGAUAAUGAUCCAUCAGCCUCUUGGUGGAGCUCAAGGUGGCCAGACUGACAUUGAUAUUCAGGCAAAUGAAAUGCUGCAUCACAAGGCAAACCUGAAUAGUUAUCUUUCUUAUCACACUGGUCAAAGUAUUGAGAAGAUCAACCAGGACACAGACCGUGAUUUCUUCAUGAGUGCCAAAGAAGCCAAAGAUUAUGGCCUUAUAGAUGGCGUAAUCACAAAUCCUCUUAAAGCACUCCAACCACUGGCAGCUGCAGCAGACAGUAAUGGCCAGCCUGUCGCGUGAAACUUCUCCCCCACUGCGGCCAUAACUUACAAUGUUCUUAUGGCAUGGUAGGUUUGAACGGGGAAUACUGGAAUAGUCACUGUAGUGUUCUUGAGUUCAUUUUAAUUUAUAUUGAACGAUGUUCAUAUCUCAGAAUUGUAUAAACUUGUUUCCACCCUUUUGGGUUGUUAGUUAUAACUAAAGCUUGCCAAAUUGAUUGAAUUGCAAA